AUGCCAACUGGCCUUGAAAUCGACUAUGAUCAAGAUCUCAAUGGUACCAUGGCGCCCUACGCCCAGCAGGUCCUCAUAUCUACGGGACAGCGAGAUUGGCGAAGUCGGAUAGAAGACGAUGGACUAGAUCAGGGCUGGGGUAUAUUGGGUAGCCGGUUAAAGAAAUUGGUGUUUAGGACGGGAAAAUUCGCCGAUCCUUAUAAUAAUAUCGUUAUUACAAACUCCUCUUUCACGCCUUCGACCGAUCCAUCAAAUAAAUCUGUUGCGUCAGCCUUCCUUUUUCCAAGCUUCCAAUACAUCCCUGACAUCCCACUUGACGAAGAUGGCUUGGAUCGAUUUGUUCGCGCGUUCCUCCUUCCUUUGAACCCUCAUAAAGCGCACAGCAUCCUACCUGCUGAUAAACUACAAGCGAUUAGAAGAGACCCGGAACUACAAUCCACCUUCAAAUCUAUGACGAGCCUUAAACAUUCGCCUACGAUUUUGAUCUGUGGUCAUGGAGGACGGGAUCAAAGAUGUGGAAUUAUGGGACCUCUGCUUGAGUCUGAAUUUGGCAAUAUUUUAAAGGAUGAAGGAUACACAGUUGGAAUCACCCCGACCGAUAAGGUCAAACACGCGAAUGUUGGCUUGAUAAGUCAUAUCGGUGGUCAUAAAUAUGCUGGUAAUGUUAUUAUAUAUUUACCUCCCUCUUUAAGAUCAGGCUCGGGGGGCGCCAAUAUGUUGGCUGGGAAAGCUAUAUGGUAUGGGAGAGUAGAACCAAAAAACGUACAGGGAAUUAUAAGAGAGACAAUCUUGAAUGGUCGUGUUAUCAAAGAUCAUUUCCGUGGAGGUAUAGAUGCAGAUGGUACAGUAUUGCGAUUAUAG